UCGUCCGGCUCGCGAUAUUCAUGGGUUUAGGGCACCCGUGCCAUCAAACCCGUAUCAGCUAAUGGCGUGACUCAGGCCGGCCAUAUUGCUCUUCUGGGGCAUAAAGCACCUCGCUCACAGCGCGCGUCGCGUCUGUCUCUCUUCCUCUUCCUCCAUCUCCCUAGAAACUAGAUACAGGCUGCAUCUGAAUCAAAUCAUCAACCGUCCUGCUCUCAAACACACAUAUCGCCCGAAAUGGGCCUCCUGACGACCCUGCGCAAGCAGAAACUCAAAGACAAGGAGAUGCGCAUCCUCAUGUUAGGCCUAGAUAAUGCCGGCAAAACCUCGAUCGUCCGCGCGCUCCUAGGCGAAGACGUCCGCAGAGUCUCGCCGACCCUCGGCUUUGCCAUCCGCACAGUCCCUAGAGGCUCAUACACGCUCAACAUCUGGGAUGUAGGUGGACAGCGGUCGCUACGGCCGUUUUGGCGGAAUUACUAUGAAAAGACAGAUGCCUUGAUCUGGGUCGUCGACGCCUCUGCCACCGGCCGUCUACGUGAUUGCCGCGCCGAACUCGACGCCGUGGUGAAAGAUGACAGGCUGACAGGUGCUGGGUUGCUCGUGCUGAUCAACAAGAUGGAUUUACUGGAUGAAAAAGAGCGCGCGAACAUUGUCGAUCUGGUGACGAAGCAGCUGGGGCUCGCGCAGAUCACUAACCACGCGUACAAAGUCAUGCCAUGCAGUGCUUACACUGGCGAAAAUCUUGACUUUGCUCUGGACUGGACCGUCGAGGAAGUGCGGGCGCGAUUAUAUCUAUUUGACUGAAGUCGAAGCUUUCAGCUCCCUCACAGUUGAGACUAUAUCAGCCAAAAAGAGACCAAAAGAGACUUUUAGUGCUCAUGUGUACAGUAGUCGCACAUAAUUACCAUUAAUAUAUAUUUAAUCAUGCAUACUGUAUGUAAAUCUCCAAUGUUCACCAAAACUGCUUAUCGUAUCAACCAAGACUAGGAAAAAAAAUGUACAAUAUGAAAUCGUAAGA